GAUUGCUUUCAACAUCUAUUUUAAUGUUGGAAUGUUGGAAUUCAUUUCAUUGUUUAUUACUUCAAUCGUUUCCACAGAAUAUGACGUUGAUGGCGGGCGGGAUCUGGAUAUUUUCGAUAUCAAUGAAGAGGCCGGCUUGAACCUGGUUGAGGGAGACAUUGUGCUCGACGAGAGGCAAUCCAGAAACUCCAUAAUAGGUGAAGAGUACAGAUGGCCCAGGACUGUUCCAUACUACAUGGAGGACGACCUUGAGAUCAAUGCUAAAGGUGUCAUUCUGAAAGCUUUCGAACAGUACCGGCUGAAGACCUGCAUCAACUUCCAACCCUGGUCUGGAGAAGAAAACUACAUCUCCAUCUUUAAAGGGAGCGGAUGCUUCUCCUCUGUGGGGAACCGGCGAGUGGGAAAGCAGCGGUUGUCCAUCGGGAGCAACUGUGAUCGCAUAGCAACCAUUGAGCACGAGUUCCUUCACGCGCUGGGCUUCUGGCACGAGCAAUCGCGCUCAGACCGUGACGACUACGUCACCAUCAUGUGGGAUCGCAUCUCAGCAGGGAAGGAGCACAACUUCAACACCUACAACGACACCACCUCCAGCUCUCUGGGCGUCCCGUACGACUACGGCUCCAUGAUGCACUACAGCAAGAACGCCUUCCGCAACGGCACGCUCCCCACCAUCGUCACCAACAUCGCGGCCUUCAGCGACGUGGUGGGCCAGCGCAUGGAGUUCAGCGACAGCGACCUGCUCAAGCUCAGCCGCCUGUACAACUGCAGUGAGUCCUCCACCUUCCUGGACUCGUGUGACUUUGAGCUCCAGAACAUCUGUGGCAUGGUGCAAGGGCCAGGGGCCACCACCGAGUGGGACAGGUUAACGACGGCCCCCGGGGGACCCAGCACUGACUACUCCAACCUGGGGAAAUGCACGGGCUCAGGGUAUUUCAUGCACUUCCCCUCGGGCGCGGCCGACACGGGGGCUGUGGCCCAGCUGGAGAGCAGACUGCUGUACCCCAAGAGAGGAUACCAGUGCCUGCAGUUCUUCUACUACAACAGCGCCGCCCCGGUGGACACCCUGAGCAUCUGGGUGCGCGAGUACGACGCCGCUCACCCCAACGGCACCCUGCGGCUGAUUAAGACGAUCGACGGGCCACCGGAGGAGCUGUGGCAGCUGCACCACGUGACCCUGGACGUGAAGACCAAGUUCCGCGUGGUGUUCCGGGGUGAGAAGCACGGCCCGUUAUCAGCGAUGGGGGGGCUCUCCCUGGACGACAUCAACCUCUCUGAGACGGCCUGCCCCGAGCACGCCUGGCGGGUGAAGGACUUCAGCAACGUGAUGGAGACCACGCCGCCCGGCACCCCCAUCCACAGCCCCCCGUUCACCUCAAAGGAGGGCUACAGCUUCCAGAUGACGCUCUACCCCAGCGGGAGGACCGAUUCCCCGGGGGAGCUGUCGGCCUACGCCCGCCUGGUGGCCCGUCCGGGGGACACGGGCCAGCAGUGGCCGUGCCCCUGGAAGCAGAUGACCAUGAUGCUGAUGGACCAGCACCCGCACAUCCAGAAGCGCAUGUCCAACCAGCGCAGCGUCACCACCGAUCCCAACACCAUCCUCUCAGACGGGAGCGGGCUGCACUGGGACGACCCUCGUAAGGUGGGCGUCGAGGUGACGGCACCCGACGGAAGCAAGUACUUCCGAGGGCCCGCACUAGGGACCUCCGUGUACCUGACCCACCUGAGAGCCCGGAGCAGGGAUUUCAUCAAGGGCGGGGACGCCAUAUUUCUCCUCAGCAUGGAGGACGUGUCUCAUCUCACAGUGACCCAACCAGUGCCCCCAUCAACCACGGCUUCACCAGAGACCACGACAACACCCAACAACAACAGCACCACGCCACCCAGUGACGCCUGCACAGACGUGGAGUGCCUGAACGACGGGGUGUGUGUGUUGGAGCAGAAGAAGCCGGCAUGCAGGUGUGCGGUGGGGGAUGACUGGUGGUACUACGGUGAACAGUGCCAGUACAGAGGCUCCUCCUCGGACAACCUCACCGUCACCCUGGCUGCGUCUCUUUCCGUGUUGGCGGCCAUGAUGUUGGUGACGGUGGUCAGCGUGGUGUAUGUGAAGAGGUCGAUGAACCGCAGCAGCCCAGACUCCAACCUGGCGAUGAGCAAUGUGAACGUUGUAGAGCGAUUCUAAAAGGCGCAUCUUCAAUAUCGGGAACGGAAAAGGAAAAUAAUAGCAAUAGCGAUGAAAUGUGAAAGGAAAAGGGCUAGAAAGAGCUAAUGUUGUCGGCAUACUGGCGGAGAAUAGAAAGAAAACAAUAUAUAUGCAUGGCCUUUCAUUUUGUGGCAUCGAAAACUGAAUGGUAAUUUAAUUGUAAAUAAUGGACUCUUAAGAGGAGGUACUGGACUCUGGACUACUGUACACUACAGCAGGUGGUUGUAUAUGAUCGCCUCCUGCUGGUGAUGUCAUGUAAUUACUGCUCGUGGACCGACCUUCUGCAUGCAUGCAUUCAGACCCUUAAAUAAAUGCAAACCUUUACAACAAAAACACAAGAUAAAACAACGUCUAUUUCAA